AUGGGCAAACUUGACACUGCUGCCAAAAAGCUCCGGGUCGUGUUUCUGCACGGGUUCACGCAAACGGACGAGAUUCUAAGGCAGAAGACCUACGCCUUCAAGACGACAUGUUCGCACUACCUCGACAUCAAGUACGUCUGCUCUCCGCACGUGCUCAGGAAGGCUCCGGCGUUCCACGAUGACUCCCGCAACGGGAAGACCGACGAGGAGAUCAGAGAGAUGGAAAACGCGGCCCGCGAGGCGUACGUCAGAGACCACGGCACCAAGGACAGCUACGGGAACACGUGGUUCUUCACGGGCAACGAAGGCGAGUAUUCUCCGCAAAUGAAAUAUCCCGAGGUAGUUGGACUUGAGGAGUCGUUCAAGGUCGUCUUCGACGCUUGCAAGGAGCACAACGCAGACGGAAUCAUGGGUUUCAGCCUCGGCGCACUCAUGACCGCGCUCGCCGCCCAAAGGGCGCUGCAGGACGACUCCGUCGGGUGGAAGCCAAAGUUCGCGGUGCUGUUCAGCCCGCCUACGGUCGGUAAUCAGACCAUAACCAACAUUUUGGAGAGCGGUCCCAAGAUCAACGUGCCUUCACUGCAUCUCAUCAGCGAGAACGACACUUUUGUGAAGCCCGAGCGCUCCUACCGCAUACUCAAGUACUUCAGGGAGCCUGAAAUCAGAUUCCAUUCGGCUGGUCACACAGUCCCGCAUACCGAGUGCAAGGAAGUCUACCGCAACUUCUUCACUCGCUUCCUCUAA